AUGGAGGCAGAAAAGUACAAGACCGAGAGGGCUCAAGAUAGCCUUCUUGUUUCAGGCCCUCGAGAAUGGUGGCCACCACGUGGAAAUAUUAAGAUAAAAUGUCCAUAUAGGACAGUAGACUUGAGUUGGUACACUACAACAGUGAAUCCCUGCCCUGGCUUAUAUCAACCCAUCUGUGGCACCAAUUUUGUAACCUAUGCUAACCCCUGCAUCCUGUGCAUUGAGAGCUUGAAAUCUCGUGGAAAAAUUAAGUUUCACCAUGAUGGAAAAUGCUAGCUGAGCAGACUUGAAUGUGGAAGAAAAUGUCUUCUUUUUCUCUCCAUCACUCCCAUCCUUGUCUCGUACCUCAUCCCUUUUUUAC